AUGGGCGGGACGAGUUGGGGAAGAGGAAAUGUGACUGCUGCGGCCGAGUUCAACUUUUUCCACGACCCAGAAGCAGCGGCGACUGUUUUGAGAAAGAUACCGGAAGAGCUUGAUACGAAGAUUGUGACUUGGGAAGCGACGCGCGAAGGGACAUUUAAAAAAGAAAUGAUCGAUUUUCAUCCCUAUCAAACUACGUUCAAAGGAGAAUGGCUGUGGGAGCGCUGCAAACGAAUGGGAGUUCCGAUAGACGAAGAAGCAUUCGACGACUUUUGCAUUUGCGAUCUCGUCGCUGCGGUCGUGCUGGUCGAAGGAAAAGCAAUCAAGAGCUCCCGAGACUGCCACGUCGCCGUCGAAUGUGCCGGCAAAUUCUCCCGAGGCGCGAUGGUUGUCGAUGCUCGAGAUCGACCCACAACAAAGCAAAAGGAAGAAGCUGGAUUUAAAUUAGUCACAGUGGUAGACAAAGUCGACUAUAGCAGGCCUUUGCUCGAUCUUCAUGGACUCAAACUUGCUUCUACGUAA